UGACUCAACUAUGUAAAUGUGCUCUAUAAUAAACUAACUUCAAAUAUAGUUAUAUAAGUAGGUUGAAAACAAAAGAAGGGAAGAUAUACAAUGCAAAUGUUCAUCGAAAGAAGAUGGAAUGACUAUCUCACUGAAACAAACUACAGAGCAAAGCAAACUACCAAGGACAGAGGGACAUUGCAUAAUGAUAAAAGGGUUAAUCUACGAAGAAGACAUAGCAAUCUUAAAUGCAUAUGUUCCAAACAAUAAAUAUGUGAGGCAAAAACUGAUAGAACUGAAAGGAAAAAUAGACAAAACUACAAUGAUAGUUGGAAACUCUGACUUCUCUCUCUCAAUAAUUGAUAGAACAAUUGGAAGAAAUGAUUAACUUCUUCAAAGGAUUGUAGUAAAGAUUUAGGCAAUGAAUGCCCAAAAUCUUCAACAGUCACCAGCAGGAUAUACCAAGUAAAUUAUAAUAGACAUAAUCUCUGACUUUAUAGAGCUUAUGUCUAAUGGGGAAGAUAGAUGAGUAAACAGUCAUGUUGAAGUGUGGGUAAGUAAAUUAAUAAGGAAACUCAAAUUUUAAAUAUUCUCUAGGCUUUUUACUGGAAUGACAUAAACUAUUCCUUGUAAUUUUUUCCUAAUUAUUUUCCUCAUUUGAUCAUAGUUUACCUAAUAAAAAUAGGAUAAGCUUGUGAGAAAUUUCUUUGGUUUAUUAUUUUCCCAUCAAAAUUCUGGAUUUAUAUUAGAAAUAAUAUUAGAACAUUUAAGUAUCACUUUUUUAUGUGGCAGAUGCAGUUCUAAGCACUUUACAUAUAUUGACUUAUUUAGUGCUCAUAAUGACCAAAUAGGUUGUUACUAUUAUUAUCCCCAUCCCAUGGUACAGAUGAAAAAAAGGAAGCACAGAGAGGUUAAGCAAGUUGCCAAAGAACACACAGUUAUUAAGUCUGCAAAUUUAGACGGACUGGCUCCAGAUUUGCGCUCUUGACUCCCAUGCUAUCUUGCACAGACAGUUCUUCCAUUACUGUAAUAUAAAUUAGGAUCCCUUUUAUUUCUUUGCUUGCACUCUUGUUCAUUUCUGCCUGAGCAUUAGUGCCAUUUUAAAUGUUUAAUGUCUGUCUCUCUCACUAGGCUGGUUCUCUUUGAGAACAGGAGCCAUUUCAUGCCAUUUCCUUGCCAUACACCCAAUGCGCAACUCACAGUAGAUACCCAGUAAAUAAUUGAGUGAUUAAUGCAUACAAUAUGGCGAGGAAAAUGUUUCCUUCAUGAAGUAAUGUCUCCAUCUUGUGGAACUUUAGAAUAUUGUCAUUCAAAACAAAUCUUUUUUAACAAAGUGGGUUUUCACAGAAUUGAUUCUCAAGUGCCAUUUCCCAGACUUGGAUUAAAGCCUUUCUUGUUGCACUAGCCCUUUUGAGAUUUUUAGCGCUAUAGACAUAGCAUAGCCUAUUCACAGCAGGCCUUUUGCCUACUAGUUUUGCUUGGUGAAAUGAAUUAUGCAACUAGGUAUGCAGCAGUUUAUAUCCAGAACUCAUUUGAUUCUACCUUGCUAAAAGGUUGAGCACGGGUCCAUUAAUAAAUUCUUGGCUCAGAAUGAUCACUGAGGCACAUCCAGCGCCCCUUCAUACAGCUGUUGAAGGGUUCAUACAGCUAGUGAGGGGCCCGCCACCAGUCCCCAGCUACCCCUUACAUAUUCCUCACCAUGUGUGAUGGCUAAAGUAGAAAUUACAGAAAUAGACUCUGCCCUGUCAUCAUACCCUAGGAGAGAGGGAUAGAUCAUACUCCAUUAGAUAUUUUAGGUUUUACUUGUAUAUAUUCUGCACACAUAAUCUAUAAUAAUACUUUAAAAAUACAAAUACGUUAAGAAGAAUUACUUCCCUUAUCUGCUAUAUCUAUUACGGGCAGCUCAUUUGAUGAAGUUAGGAAACUUUGCUACUCAGACUAGAAAAGGACAAAAAGAAAAUGAUGUUUAAGCCAAUCUUAUAUUAAAUGCAGAUUAACAUGCAGAGGUCCUCCCUCUACCCCACUCCACCCCACUCCGCGUCGCCACUCUACUCCUUCAGUCUCGGUCCAGCUCUGAUUCCGGUAACACUAAACCCUGAGUUGUGAGGCCGGAGGCCUACGGCGCAGCGGGAGCCGCUCCUUCCCCAGUUUACGCUCCCCGUCCAGAACUCUAUGGUUUCAGGGCGGGGCUGGGAGGCCUGAGUUUGAAAACCGUGGCGGGAAGAUGGCAGCGACACCUGUUACCCGGCCCUGUCUCUCUCGAGUAGGAGGACGUUGAAGCUAUGGGUUUCUCUGAGCCGCCGAGGAGCGUUCGCGAUGAAUCUUCCGCGCUGGAGCGGGAAACGGCGGCGUUCAACGUCAGGCUCAGACCCCUUCUCGGGGAGCGGCGGUGACAGCAGUGACAGCCCGCUGCCCGCCUCGAGGCCGGUGCUGAGCCCGCCCCCGGGCCUCGCCCGCAGCCUGAAGGACCGUGGCCGGCCGCCGGCCGCAGCUGCAGGGGAAUGCAAGCAGACAGAUUCUGACGAUCAAAUAGACAAACUGCUACUGGCAAAUUGGGGACUUCCUGGAGCAGUUCUGGAGAAAUAUCACAGUUUUGGUGUAAAAAAGAUGUUUGAAUGGCAGGCAGAGUGCCUUUUGCUUGGAGGAGUCUUGGAAGGAAAGAAUUUAGUCUAUUCAGCUCCUACAAGUGCUGGGAAGACUCUUGUUGCUGAAUUGCUUAUUUUGAAGCGGGUUUUGGAAAUGCGAAAGAAAGCUUUGUUUAUUCUACCCUUUGUCUCUGUGGCUAAAGAGAAGAAAUACUAUCUCCAGAGUCUAUUUCAGGAAGUAGGAAUAACAGUAGCUGGUUAUAUGGGCAGUACCUCUUCAAGAGAGCGCUUCUCUUCCAUGGAUGUUGCUGUCUGCACAAUUGAGAGAGCCAAUAGUUUGAUCAAUCGCCUAAUAGAGGAAAAUAAGAUGGAUCUAUUAGGAAUGGUGGUUGUGGAUGAAUUGCAUAUGUUGGGAGACUCUCACCGAGGGUAUCUGCUGGAACUUUUGCUGACCAAGAUCUGCUAUAUUACUCAGAAAUCAGCAUCUUGCCAAGCAGAUUCAGCCAGUCCUCUGUCUAAUGCUGUGCAGAUCGUCGGCAUGAGUGCUACUCUUCCUAAUUUGGAGCUUGUGGCUUCCUGGUUGAAUGCUGAACUCUACCAUACUGACUUUCGUCCUAUACCACUGUUGGAGUCAGUAAAAAUUGGAAAUUCCAUAUAUGACUCUUCAAUGAAGUUUGUUAGGGAAUUUCAACCCAUGUUACAAGUGAAAGGAGAUGAGGACCAUGUUGUUAGUUUAUGUUAUGAGACCAUUUGUGAUAACCAUUCAGUGUUACUUUUUUGUCCAUCAAAGAAAUGGUGUGAGAAGCUAGCUGAUAUCAUUGCCCAUGAGUUUUACAGUCUACACCAUCAAGCUGAGAGAUCGGUUAGAUCAUCUGAACUUCCACCAGUGAUACUGGAACAAAAGGGCCUCUUAGAAGUAAUGGAUCAGUUAAAACGUUCACCUUCAGGACUGGACUCUGUAUUACAAAAGACUGUACCAUGGGGAGUAGCAUUUCAUCAUGCAGGUCUUACUUUUGAGGAGAGGGAUAUCAUUGAAGGAGCCUUUCGUCAAGGUCAGAUUCGUGUCUUAGCAGCAACUUCUACUCUUUCAUCUGGGGUGAAUUUACCUGCACGUCGUGUAAUUAUUCGGACUCCUAUUUUCAGUGGUCGGCCUCUAGAUAUUCUUACUUAUAAGCAGAUGGUUGGUCGUGCUGGUAGGAAAGGAGUAGACACAGUAGGUGAGAGUAUAUUAGUUUGUAAGAACUCUGAUAAAUCAAAAGGCAUAGCUCUGCUUCAGGGAUCUCUAAAACCUGUUUGUAGCUGUCUGCAAAGAGGAGAAGGAGAAGUAACUGCAAGCAUGAUAAGAGCUAUUCUGGAGAUAAUAGUUGGUGGAGUGGCUAGUACAUCAGAAGAUAUGAAGACUUAUGCUUCUUGCACAUUUUUGGCUGCAAGUAUGAAAGAAAGGAAGCAGGGAAUUCAGAAAAAUCAAGAUUCUAUUCAACUUGGAGCGAUUGAGGCCUGUGUGAUGUGGUUGCUAGAAAAUGAAUUCAUCCAGAUUACUGAAAGUAGUGAUGGAACUGAAGGAAGAGUGUAUCAACCAACACAUCUUGGUUUGGCAACUCUUUCUUCUUCACUUUCUCCGACUGAUACUUUAGAUAUUUUUGCUGACCUCCAAAGAGCAAUGAAGGGUUUUGUUUUAGAGAAUGAUCUGCAUAUUGUCUAUCUGGUUACACCUAUGUUUGAAGAUUGGACUAUUAUUGAUUGGUAUCGAUUUUUCUGUUUAUGGGAGAAGCUGCCAACUUCUAUGAAACGGGUGGCAGAGCUAGUGGGAGUUGAAGAAGGGUUCUUGGCUCGCUGUGUGAAAGGGAAAGUGGUAGCCAGAACCGAGAGACAGCACCGACAAAUGGCCAUCCACAGAAGGUUUUUUACCAGUCUUGUGCUAUUGGAUUUAAUAAGUGAAGUUCCCUUAAAGGAAAUUAAUCAGAAGUAUGGAUGCAGUCGUGGACAGAUUCAAUCUUUACAACAGUCAGCUGCUGUUUAUGCAGGGAUGAUUACUGUAUUUUCCAACCGUCUGGGCUGGCACAACAUGGAACUACUACUUUCCCAGUUUCAAAAGCGUCUUACAUUUGGCAUUCAGAGGGAGCUCUGUGACCUGGUCCGUGUGUCCUUACUUAAUGCACAGCGAGCCAGGUCCCUCUAUGCUUUUGGCUUUCUAACUGUUGCAGAUCUUGCCAGAGCAAAUAUUGCUGAGGUGGAGACUGCUCUGAAAAAUGCUGUGCCUUUUAAAAGUGCCCGAAAAGCAGUGGAUGAGGAAGAGGAAGCAGCUGAAGAACGUCGCAAUGUGCGAACUAUUUGGGUGACUGGCAGAAAAGGUUUAACUGAAAGGGAAGCAGCAGCCCUUAUAGUGGAAGAAGCCAGGAUGAUUCUGCAGCAGGACUUAGUUGAAUUGGGAGUGCAGUGGAGUCCAUAUCCACUUUUAAAUUCUGAUACACCCUCAUUGACCAGCAGUGAGUCAGAAGUAAAGGAACACAAAUUUAUAUCCCAAACUAAGAGUUCUUGUAAAAGAUUAACAUCAAAGAAGAAAAAUAACACAAUAUUUAGUGACUGUUCUGUUAAUCAUUUACCAAAUACAGUGCAAGAUACAGAUAAAAGCCAACAGCAUACAAAUUCCUUUGAUUGUAAGUUUCAGGAUGGGAAUCAAGAAUGGCAGGUACAGUCCACUUCCAGAGCAAGAAAAUGGGCUUCUUUGAGUAUCAAUAAAGAGAGGCUAGGAACUUCUUUGAAUGAGAGAAAAGCAAGCACUAAGAAAGUUGUUCAUACUUUCUCAUUUGAGAAAACAAAAAAAGCUUUGACGUUCAGUUCAGAAAAGAAGAGUACAACUUUUCGAUCUUGGAAACAUACUAAGCAUCUAAAACGACCCAGAGACAGUAGCCCUGUGAAAAACACUGGGAUGUUUAGAACUGAGCUACAAGAACAGACUAUGUGUAAUACUGUUCAUUGUGAAGACUCAUUUACCUUAGAUGAGAAGAAUAUGGAAUUUAGAAGUCCAGGGCCAUUUGCUAAAAAAAAUGUAUCUUUCUGUGUUGAGGGGAAAUAUAACAAAGCAUCAUUCCCAUCGCAAGCAAGACAAAAUAAUUCAAGGAACAAAACAAAAUCUAGUGAUAUUCUUGUGGAACAUUUUAUCACAGGAUCCCAGUGUGAAAAAGUGACUUGUCAACUCACUAGUCUGGUUGGUGAAAAUGAGGGAGGAUUAGCUCUUGUUGAGUCAGAAAAACUGAACAAAGUGCUGAUACAAAAUGAUUCAAAAAGCCAGACUGUUUAUAUGAAACACCAGGACACCCAUCCAAUUAACCAGUGCCUGGAAAAGCAGUCUGAUAAACACACAAAUACUUAUACCAAACAGAAAAAAGUAAUAGAGAGACAAAUACCCAGUGAGACAGUCAGUAGUUAUGUGAAUGGAGACUCAAAUGUUACUAUCAAAAGUGAAAAUACAAAGUUUUAUGCUAAGGAAAAUAAAUUAAAUAAUCUUCAGGUAUCAGGAGAUAAUGUAAGCAGCACUGAGAUACUCAGUGGAGUACAUCUACCAACUGGAGCAUUUGCGAACUCAGGAGACCAGCACAAGAAUUUUCUAAAUAUCUCUGGAAUACAAGAAAGAACAGCUUAUGCAGCAAACAAAACUAAAAAAAAUCAUGUUUCUGGCUUAGGCUUAACUAGAGCCUGUGACUUUGAAGACAGCUUAUACCUGGAUACUCAAUCAGAGAAAAUGAUACAACAGAUGGCAAUUGAAAAUACCAAACAAGAAGCAAAGGACAGCAACCUGGCAACAGGGAUGAUGCAGAAGAACUUACACAAGCAGAGCUCUUUGCAGAAUGAUAUUCACAUUGCUUUUCCUGGUGAACAGCAUUCUCCAGGAGUGACAAAUACAGAUCAUUUGGAACUUAAGACUGUGGGUACUUUGAAACAAAGCACUUAUUCACAUGGGGUUGAUAUCCUGACUCUACAAAGUCCAGUUUUUCUUUCUCCAAUACUACUGGGGGAAAGUGGCCCUUGUUUUAAAGGGAAUGAACUUUCUGUUACUGACUCCCAGUUAAAUAGUUUUCUUCAAGGUUAUCAAACACAAGAAACUGUGAAACCAUUUAUAGCUCUGGUUCCUCAAAUGAGAACUCCCACUGAUAUAGAAGUAGAAUGUCUGCCAGUUCCUGAAACAACUUUAAAUUUGAGUGAUAGUUUACUAUUUGACAGUCUCAGUGACGACUACCUAGUAAAAGAACAACCACCCAGUGUACACAUGAAAGAACCCCUUUCUUCUGAAAUGUCAGACCAUUUCAGCAAUUCUGUGUGUCUACAACCAGAGAGCCCAAUCAAAAAAUCAAAUAUGAGUGAAAAUCAAGAUAAUCAGCAGCAGCUGACUUUUUGCAGUGAUGAGUCUAUUAUAUUUUCAGAAAUGGAUUCUUCUCAGAUGGUUGAAGCUUUGGACAAUGUAGAUGUAUUUCCUGUCCAAGAGAAACAUAAUCUUGCAGAAUCUGUUACAGCAUUAGAACUAAGUGAUCCGUUGAUUGUAGGUAAUGCUUAUCCCAAAAGAGAAUUAAUUGGAGGAGAUAAAGAUGAAAAGUCUCAAAAAUCCAAAUUAACUGGGACAAAGCAAAAUAAAUCAUUCUUAUGGUCAGGGGCAUCAUUUGAAUUAAGUCCAGGACUGCAAAGGAUUUUAGAUAAAGUGUCCAGUCCUCUAGAAAGUAAAAAACAAAAAUUAACCACUAUAAACUUGUCUUGUUUGAAAGAAAAAUAUACAGAGUUAAAUGACAAACAAAAAGUUAUUUCAAAUUUGGAGUCAAAUCAAGUGCAGGGAAUUUCAUUUUCCCCUGAUACUGAAGUUAAAAAAAGGAAGAUUGAGGCACUAGAGAACAAUACCUUUCAUAAUGAAAAAUCAUCUGUCUUGCCAUAUAAAGAAAGUUGUAUAGUUGAUGACAAUGAACUCAUUCCUCCUACACCCACUCCAGCAGCUGCUUCUAAGAUGGCAUUUCCAAGUAUUCUUGGAACAUCUUCCACAAAAUUUCAGAAAACUAGUAGUGUUUUACAGCUUGAUGAAAGUUACUCACUUGGCUCAUCUUUGGAUAUUAAAAACAAUGAUUUAAAUCCAGAGGGUAGAAAUGGUUUAAAGGACAGCAGUCCUAUUAGAGACACAAGUUUUUCACUGCAGUUAUCACAGGAUGGAUCACAGAUACCUCCAGUCUCAUUCAGUUCAGAAAGUUUGGCCAUAAUUGAUGUAGCAAGUAACCAAGCUCUCUUUCAAACAUUCAUUAAGGAAUGGCAGUGCAAAAAGCGAUUUUCCAUCUCACUGGCUUGUGAAAAGAUCAGUAACUUGACAUCUUCUAAAAGUGCUACUAUUGGUAGUAGGUUUAAGAAAGUUAAUUCACCUCAGGGAACUCCUAUUGGAGAUGAUGGAUUUCCUGUUAAGGGUUGUGAUGACAUCUUGGUGGUUGGGCUGGCAAUAUGCUGGGGUGGAAGAGAUGCCUAUUAUUUUUCAUUGCAGAAGGAACAAAAGCAUUCUGAAAUUAGUGCCAGUUUGGUCCCACCUUCUCUGGAUCCAAACCUGACCGUGAAAGACAGAAUUUGGCACCUUCAAUCCUGCUUGCAAAAGGAAUCUGAUAAAGAACGUUCUGUUAUCGUCUAUGACUUCAUUCAGAGCUAUAAAAUUCUUCUUCUGUCUUGCGGCAUCUCCCUGGAACAAAGUUAUGAAGAUCCAAAAGUGGCAUGCUGGUUACUAGAUCCAGAUUCUAAGGAGCCGACUCUUCACAGCAUAGUUACCAGUUUUCUUCCUCAUGAGCUUCCACUCCUGGAAGGGAUAGAGACUGGCCAAGGAAUUCAAAGCCUAGGACUGAAUGUCAGCACUGAGCAUUCUGGGCGAUACAGAGCAUCUGUGGAGUCUAUUCUUGUCUUCAACUCUAUGAACCAACUCAAUUCUUUGUUGAAGAAGGAAAAUCUUCAAGGUCCCAUAUCCCAUGAAUUUCUGCUCUGGAUCCAGGCCUCCAAAGCCAGGCUCCGACUGCCCAGUAAAAUUCCUCCUACUAGAGAUGUUUUCUGUAAAGUGGAAAUGCCCUCGCAGUACUGCUUGGCCUUGUUAGAACUAAAUGGAAUCGGCUUUAGUACUGCAGAAUGUGAAAGUCAGAAACACAUAAUGCAAGCCAAGCUGGAUGCAAUUGAAUCUCAGGCCUAUCAACUAGCUGGCCACAGUUUUUCCUUCACCAAUUCAGAUGACAUCGCUGAGGUUUUAUUUUUGGAAUUGAAAUUGCCACCAAAUGGAGAGAUUAAAAACCAAGGCAGCAAGAAAACUUUGGGUUCUACCAGAAGAGGCAAUAACAAUGGACGCAAGCUAAGGCUGGGAAAACAGUUCAGCACUAGUAAGGAUGUUUUAAAUAAAUUAAAAGCAUUACAUCCUUUACCAGGAUUGAUAUUAGAGUGGAGAAGAAUCACUAAUGCUAUUACCAAAGUGGUCUUUCCUCUGCAGCGGGGAAAGCAUCUGAAUCCUUCUCUUGGCAUGGAAAGAAUCUAUCCUAUAUCACAGUCACACACUGCUACAGGACGAAUAACCUUUACAGAACCAAAUAUUCAGAAUGUGCCAAGAGACUUUGAGAUCAAAAUGCCAACACUAGUCGGGGAAAGCCCACCUUCCCAAGCCCUAGGCAAAGGACAAUUUCUCCCUGGCAGAGGGAGAAAUAAGAAGGGCUGUGACCCAAACCCUGGGCACCAGGCGCAGGCGGAGGAGAGAGCCUCGGACAGAGGGAUGCCGUUUUCCAUCAGCAUGCGACAUGCCUUCGUGCCCUUCCCGGUCAUUUCUAUUUCAGGUGGUUUAAUAUUAGCUGCUGAUUACUCUCAACUUGAGCUGAGGAUUUUUGCUCAUUUAUCCCAAGAUCAUCGUCUCAUUCAAGUAUUGAACACUGGAGCUGAUGUUUUCAAGAGUAUUGCAGCUGAAUGGAAGAUGGUUGGGCCAGAGUCUGUUGGGGAUGAUCUGAGGCAACAAGCAAAGCAGAUAUGCUAUGGAAUCAUUUAUGGAAUGGGAGCUAAAUCUUUGGGAGAGCAGAUGGCCAUUAAAGAAAAUGAUGCUGCAUGCUACAUUGACUCCUUCAAAUCCAGAUACACAGGGAUUAAUCAUUUCAUGAGAGAGACAGUGAAGAAUUGUAAAAGAGAUGGGUUUGUUCAGACCAUUUUGGGAAGGCGUAGAUACUUACCAGGAAUCAAAGACAACAACCCUUAUCACAAAGCUCACGCUGAGCGUCAAGCUAUCAACACGACAGUCCAAGGUUCGGCAGCUGAUAUUGUCAAAAUAGCUACAGUUAACAUUCAGAAGCAAUUAGAGACCUUCCAUUCGACCUUCAGAUCCCAUGGACAUCGGGAGGGUGUGGUCCAACAUGACAGAACAGGAUUGUUACCAAAGAAAAAACUGCAAGGGAUGUUCUGUCCAAUCAGAGGAGGCUUCUUCAUCCUUCAACUGCACGAUGAACUCUUAUAUGAAGUGGCAGAAGAGGAUGUCGUUCAGGUAGCUCAGAUCGUAAAGAAUGAAAUGGAAAGUGCCAUAGAACUGUCUGUGAAACUGAAAGUCAAAGUGAAAAUAGGUUCCAGCUGGGGAGAGCUGAAGGACUUUGAUGUGUAAUUGUACAGGUGAUUAAUCAUGUGGAAAGAAGAGAGAUUACCCUUUCACCUACUUCAUGAAAACAGAGGCCCUCAAAUUUGAAAGACAGCAUAGUAAUUUUAGUGAAAAUUUCAAAAUGUGUAUCAGUCUUGAUUCUCUGUAGUGUAAAACCUUUUUUUGGGGGAAGCAAAAUUAUUCACUCUCAAGGAGUAUCUAUGAAAUUGCCUUUUCUAGUUUAGUGUGGUCCUAGACAGAUUCCACACACAUGCUCGAAAUAUGCACUUAGCACUUGGGGUCCUUGUCCCCCUGGGUCGAGCAUAAACAAAGUGGGGCUGCUGCCACAGGGGCAUUUCAGCCUUGCCCAGGAUGCAGACACUGGCAGUAUGGACCCCAGCAGGAGCCAUAGGCAGGGAAGGGUUUGUAUUUAUACAUAUCACCAAGAUUAGGCAUUGUGUGUGUGAUUUUUCUCCAAUGUCAAUUUAAGACUACUGAAGUAGUAUUUUUAAAUAGUAUCAGCUAAUAAAUUAUGAUUCUAUAAAGUGGUAAGAAAGUAUGGAUGUAAUCUAGGAAUGGAUUUUCAUGAAAUGCUGUUUCUUUUUCCUGUUUUCUUCUCCAAUUCAUGCAAUGAAUGUAUUUGCAAUACUAAGGUAUAAAAUAAGCUACCUCUUGAAGAGGUGUCCUGUUCUAUAAGAUCAGAUGUUUAUAUUGAGUUUAAUGUAGUGCUGCCAGAGAAGAACAAUAGCCCCUUAAAAGUCCCUUAGUGCCUCUUUUCUGUGUUCGUGGCAUGGUGAGAAUACCCGUGCUGAAAAGAUUAUAUUUUAUAAUUCCAGUCAGAAGUGUGUAACUGGCUUAUUUUUGGUUGAAAUAAAAUGAAUUUAUGAGAAA